AUGGCCCUCGCCCUCGCUCUCGCUCUCGCCAUCUUCCCCCUCGCCUCCUUGCUACUCUCCGCGCCCGCGCUGGCCCGAACAUCGCCAUGCCCCGACGGCUGGCGAAUUGCUCCGGACCAUACGAAAUGCUACACGCACAUCUCAACCUCCCUCUCCUGGGACGGCUCCGAAGCCCUCUGCCGCAACUUCAGUGCCCACCUGGCCGCGCUGUCGUCACCUCAGGACCUGAAUUUCGCGAAGUCACUCUGCGGAGCUUCCUCCUCGGGAUGCUGGGUUGGAGGGCGUCACCACAACACCAGCGGUGGUGCGGGCUGGAAAUGGUCCGAUGGCUCGUCUUGGAACGACACCGUAUUUCCUGGUGUACCGUCACAUGCCAACUGCAGCGGUGCUCGGUGCGGUCUGGCCACCGGCGACGAUAUGUGCACCUUGGUGACCAGUAAGCACGCGGCGCUUACUGGGAAGAAGUGUGGCGAGUCCCAUGGGCUGAUCUGCAUGAUCAAUCACGAGGAUAGGUGCUACCACGAUCAUUGCCACAAGGAGUAUUUCAUAGUCCUCAUCGUUGUCAGCGGCUUGAUUCUCUCAACCACUCUAGCUGUUGUGGCCUGGCUACUUGUCUAUAGGCGAAGCAAGAAAAGGAAAAGAUCGCGUGAAGCUUCCGCUACUUCAGGUACCGCAUUGGUGCCACCGCUUUGGAAAGUGUUCACAAGUGAAGAGCUUCGAUCGAUCACAAAGAACUUCAGUGAGGGCAACCGGCUUCCUGGAAAUGCAAAGACUGGUGGAACCUACAGUGGGAUCCUGCCUGAUGGAUCCAAAGUAGCAAUCAAGAGAUUGAAGAGGUCCAGCCUACAAAGGAAAAAGGAUUUCUACUCUGAGAUUGGUAGAGUCGCAAAGCUUUAUCACCCUAAUCUAGUGGCUGUAAAAGGAUGCUGCUAUGACCAUGGCGAUCGCUUUAUUGUCUAUGAGUUUGUCGCGAAUGGGCCAUUGGAUGUGUGGCUACAUCAUAUUCCGAGAGGAGGACGGAGCCUUGAUUGGGUAACGAGGAUGAGAGUAGCUACAACUCUUGCACAGGGAAUUGCAUUUUUGCAUGACAAGGUGAAGCCCCAGGUAGUCCACCGAGAUAUCCGUGCAAGCAAUGUUCUUCUUGAUGAGGAAUUUGGUUCCCAUCUGAUGGGUAUUGGCCUGUCCAAGUUUGUGCCGUGGGAAGUAAUGCACGAGAGGACUGUCAAGGCUGCAACAUAUGGAUACCUUGCUCCUGAGUUCAUUUACAGGAAUGAACUGACAACAAAGAGCGACGUCUACAGCUUUGGUGUGCUGCUUCUGGAAAUCGUCAGCGGUCGCCGGCCAGCACAGUCUGUGGAAUCUGUUGGAUGGCAGACCAUAUUCGAAUGGGCGACGCCUCUAGUACAAUCACACCGGCAUCUAGAGCUGCUAGACCCGCUCAUCAACGACUUGCCUGAGAUAGGGGUGAUCCAGAAGGUUGUGGACCUUGUCUAUGCCUGCACCCAGCAUGUCCCCUCGGUGCGUCCAAGGAUGUCUCAUGUCGUCCAUCAGCUACAGCAGCUUGAGCUGAAGUCAGCGGCGUCUGAGCUACUGAGAAGCGGGACCAGCACCAGUGCGACAUCUCCAAUGCUACCGUUGGAGGUCCGGACACCUCGCUGAAACCAUCCACCAUCAGAAGUCUAGAACCACUUUCAUCGUCAGCCAGUAGGCAGCACAUUCUUUGAAGCGUGGAGUGACCCAAGAGCCUCCUGUAACUGAAAGCACAGUGACUUCCUUAUGUGCAAGUACUUAUAGGUAGGGAAGUAAUGGUUUUCAUAUGCCUAAACUUUGUCGUAUGGUAUAACUUGUAGACAUCGUCAUUUAGCCAUUUGUACCCCAGCUGAUAUCUACUUUAGAUCUCAAAAGUAUGGCUGAGUUUAGCGACCAACGUCGAUCGUUAUCUGUACUCUUCAGAAGCAGCUUAUCUAUAUAGCAUUUGAGUGUUGAUUUCAGUACCUUGCGACAUCUCCUGUCUGUACAUUUACAUGUGUUCCAUAUAUAUACGAAGGCUACUCGAGAUGUAUUCGCGAA